AGGGACAAUUGUAUUCCUCAUUCGUGGUCUGAGUCUGAUUUCAUCACAGCAUCACCAUCACAUUUCCCAUAGUGUUGUUAUAUCGAAAAUGCCGUUUCUUAAGGGCACUGAAGGGCUGCUAGAUUCGAAUUUUGACGUAGAGUCGAUUCUCAAGCAGCUCACGUUAGAUGAAAAGGUCUCGUUACUUGCUGGUCGGGACUUCUGGCACACGGUAGCUGUCCCUCGAUUGGGCGUUCCAUCCAUCCGCCUAUCUGAUGGACCAAAUGGCAUACGGGGCACUCGUUUCUUUGGUAGCGUGCCAUCAGCAUGCUUGCCCUGCGGCACGGCUAUUGGAGCGACGUUUGAUCAAGAGCUGGCUCGAGAAAUCGGCCAUCUUCUGGCAGAUGAAGCUAGAGCCAAGGGUGCUCAUGUCGUCCUGGGACCCACCAUCAACAUCCCUCGCGCACCGCUAGGUGGCCGCGGUUUUGAGUCAUAUUCUGAGGAUCCUGUCCUAUCUGGUCUGAUGGCUGCUGGUUAUGUUCAAGGGCUACAAGAACGAGGCAUAACUGCCACGUUGAAGCAUUAUGUUUGCAACGAUAUGGAGCACGAACGGAUGGCGGUCAACUCCGUCGUAACCGACCGCGCAUUGCGUGAGAUUUAUCUUCUUCCAUUCAUGUUGGCUAUCCGAGAGAGUCGACCAGGUGCAAUCAUGACUUCGUACAACAAGGUCAAUGGCCUACAUGCUUCGGAGCAUCAUGAGUUACUGGAAGACAUCCUGCGGAGAGACUGGGGAUGGGAAGGAUUGGUUAUGAGCGACUGGUUCGGAACCUAUUCCACAUCUGAAGCUGUCAAUGCAGGUCUGGAUCUUGAGAUGCCCGGCCCAUCAAGAUGGCGUGCGUCAGCAUUGACACAUGCGAUAACCGCAAACAAAGUGUCUGUGAAGAAACUUGAUGAGCGUGUCAAAGCUGUGUUGAGACUGGUUAAGACCGGCAUUGAGUCAGGGAUUCCCGAGAACGCUCCAGAAUUGGAGCUUAACAGGGAGCAGGACAAGGUUUUGCUUCGCAGAGCAGCUGCCGAAUCAAUAGUGCUCUUGAAGAAUGAGCAGAGCAUCUUGCCAUUACGAAAAGAAAGGAAGAUCGGUGUUAUCGGACCAAACUCAAAGAUCGCGACUUAUUGCGGUGGUGGCUCCGCAUCGCUGAACCCAUAUGAGGCCGUUACACCAUUCGAAGGCAUUUCCCGAAAGACCUCAGAUAUCGAAUUUGCGCAAGGUAUUUAUGGGCAUCAGAAGUUGCCGCUACUGGGCAAGUCGCUCCGGACUGAGAACGGAGAGGUUGGUUUCAGCCUUAACAUUUUCAAUGACCCGCCAACAGCCACAUCUAGGCGCCUUAUUGAAACACGGCAUGAGACAGACUCUAUGAUAUUCUUUCUAGACUACAAUCAUCCAAAGCUCAAGAACAUCUGGUAUGCAGACGCGGAAGGAAAUUUCACACCUGAAGAGUCUGGCAUUCAUGACUUUGGACUUUGCCUGCAGGGCACAGGGAAAUUAUACGUCGACGGCAGGCUUCUAGUGAGCAACUUUGAGAAUCAGCGGCCUGGUCCAAGUUUCCUGGGUAGUGGCACGAUGGAAGAGUCUGCUUCUCUAGAGCUUGUUAAAGGGCGGACGUAUAAGAUCCUGGUGCAAUGGGGCUGCGCCAAGACAAGUAAGCUCAAGGCACCAGGGACGGUUGACUUUGGGCAUGGCGGGUUCAGAAUCAGCGGCUGCAAGCGCCUUGAUCCGACCCAAGGCAUUACAGACGCUGUCCAGAUUGCAAGGAAUUGCGACCAAGUUGUCUUAUUUGCCGGCCUGAGUGGCGAAUGGGAGUCGGAAGGCGAAGACAGAGAAACUAUGGACUUGCCCCCACGCACAGACGAACUAAUUGAGAAAGUUCUCGAGGCGAACCCAAAUACAGUGAUAGUUAUCCAGAGUGGAACACCGGUACUUAUGCCUUGGAUCAACAAGGCCAAAGCUGUGCUACAUGCGUGGUAUGGCGGCAACGAGACAGGUAACGGCAUCGCUGAUAUUGUCUUUGGAGAUGUCAAUCCAUCAGGAAAGCUUCCAAUGACAUUUCCUCGACGUCUGGAGGAUAAUCCUGCCAGCUUGAACUAUCGAUCUGAAGGCGGAAGGUGUUUGUAUGGUGAAGAUGUGUAUGUCGGGUAUCGGUACUUCGACCAAGCCAAGGUUGAACCCAUCUUCCCUUUUGGUCACGGUCUUUCGUACACUUCAUUCACCAUAUCCGCUCUUCGGCUGCAGCAAGAUGGAGAAAACUGCCUUGUGAGCGCUACAAUAACCAACAGUGGCUCACUCAAGGGAUCAGCAACUGUACAACUAUAUAUCGCACCAAUGACCAAGCCCGGACCGACUGUCCCAAGGCGCCCUCCUCAGGAGCUGAAAGCUUUCAGCAAGAUCCAUAAUCUUGAACCAGGCCAAGGAAAGACCGUCGAGUUCGUGGUCGAUUCGACAAGAGAGACAAGCUAUUGGGAUGAAAAGGUCGGAAUGUGGUGCAGUUACGCCGGUGACUACCACGUGAUUCUAUCGCAAUCUAGUCGGGAUGAUGGAGAACAAAGAGCAAUACUUAAGAUAGACGAAACCAAGUGGUGGAGCGGUGUGACACCAUGA